CAGCUGUCAAAUCGAUGUUUAUUUUCUACUGCUGGAUUGUGUGUGCAUGAUAUUGCAAUAAAUUAAAAUUUCUUUGUUUCUGAUAAAGUAAACUUAAUAAACAAUACCAAAAUGUUUGGUUUCAACAUGUUUCAUGAAAUAUCCAGGCCUUUCAACAUGACCUACAGAUGCUUCUCAGUGUCCAUGCUGCCAGGAAACGAGAGACAGGACGUUGAGAGAGGAGGCAAAAUAAUCAUGCCACCCUCAGCGCUAGAGCAGCUAACGAGGUUGAACAUAGAGUACCCCAUGAUCUUCAAACUGACCAACAAGAAGUCCAAGAGGUCCACACACUGCGGAGUGCUGGAGUUUGUGGCUGAUGAGGGGAAGGUGUACUUGCCACACUGGAUGAUGGCCAAUUUGGUGAUGGAGGAGGGAACUCUGCUCCAGAUUGAGAGUGUGUCCCUGCCCGUUGCCACAUUCUCCAAAUUCAAGCCGCUUUCUGAAGACUUCUUAGACAUAAGCAAUCCUAAAGCAGUACUGGAGAACUGCCUCCGUAACUUCUCAUGCCUGACCACCGGUGACGUCAUCGCCAUCAAGUACAACUCCAAAGUGUACGAGCUGUGCGUGCUGGAAACCAAGCCCGGGAACGCGGUCAUCAUAAUCGAGUGCGAUAUGAACGUAGAAUUCGAAUCUCCCGUCGGCUACAAGGAAGAGGAGCGUACGAGCCACGAGACCCAGCGCGAGGCGGAACAUGACCCCGCAGCCCUCAUGCCCGAACCCAGCGGCUUUGUGGCCUUCAAGGGGGAGGGGAACCGGCUAGAUGGCAAGAAGAAGAAACUGACCAGUGAGAGCGACUCGGAGCCCGCGGCGCAAAGUCGACAGCCCUACGUCCGCGGCAUCCCCGACUACGAGUAUGAGAUCGGCACGAUCCGGUUCAUCCGCACGCGGCCGUCCAGCGCGCGCGAGGACACGCCCACCCAGCCCUUCGAGGCCUUCAAGGGGGAGGGGUUCACGCUGCGCACUGCCAAGACUAACUAAUC